GAUUUCAAAACAUCACAGCACACGUCAACUGUACGUCACGAAAGAAACCAGGAAGUGAUAGUCAGUAGUACGUGGCCUUAUCAUCUUGGAUCAUAGAAACUGAACAGCAGCUCCGGUUCAUUGCAAAAAUGGAACUCGAGGCUAUGACCAGAUACACCAGCCCGGUGAACCCGGCUGUGUUCCCCCACCUCACUGUCGUCCUGCUGGCCAUCGGCAUGUUCUUCACUGCCUGGUUCUUCGUCUACGAGGUGACAUCAACAAAAUACACCAGGGACGUCUACAAAGAGCUGCUGAUCUCCCUCGUGGCUUCACUUUUCAUGGGCUUCGGUGUGCUCUUCUUAUUACUCUGGGUUGGCAUCUAUGUAUGAAGUUUUGGGUGACUGACUUAAAAGAAUAUCACACAUUCCAGUGGAACAGAGGACAUCACACACAACACAGGACUGGAUUUAAUUGGACUGCACUGACGACAUUUUGGGAUCACAUUGGAUUGGUUUUCUUGUCACAAGUAAAGGGGAUUUGUAAAACUU